AUGAGAGAAGAAGCAGGAAGACACAUGAAGCAAGGCGGCUACUUGAAAAUUGGUUAUGGUAUGGGUUUUGGAGGAAAGAAUGAGUUUAGAAUUAGAACAAAACCAAGAAAACACACAGAAGAAAACAGAGGGAAAUCAUUAAAUCAAAAUAAGGAGAAAAAAAGAUCUAAUCUUGGUAGUGGUGCUUCCGAGGUGGUCGUCGGCAGGAGUGGGCUGGGCGUGAUGAGGGAUACGUUUGUUACUGUUUCGUCGGUAUCGAAUCUGAGUAUUCUUCUUCUCUUUUCUGGUUUCACCACGCCGUCUUCUACCACCGUCGUCAUUUACGAUUCUCAAGCACCACCAUGCCACCACGCCGGCCACCACGAACCACCAACGAUCAAGGAACCUUCUGAUGUAGGGUAUUGUCAACCUUUAGUGUAUGUUAAGUAUCCUGAUGCAUGGUCUUGUCUUGCAGUUGUAGUGAUGGAACAUCCUGUUCCCUAUGUUGAACCUACACAAGCAGUAGAAACCGCACUUCCUCCUCUCCCCCCUUCUAGGAAAAAAAGACUAGUUAAUGCUAGUGGAUCUAGGAAAACUUUCACCGUUUGGUUAGACUUUAACAUUUUACCGGAUGAACCUGAACCAAUAGCUGCGUGUAAACAUUGUCACAAAAGAUAUCGAUGCGACCCUAAAACACAUGGAACAUCUAACAUGUUAGCUCACUCAAAAGUGUGUCACAAAAACCCUAACCUUUUACAGAAAGAUCCCACUCAAAGAAACCUUGUAAGUGGUGAAGGUGGUUUUUUAGGUUCAACAAGCCAAAGGUUCAAUGCUCAAGCAUGUAGGAAGGCUAUUACUUCCUUUGUACUUCUUGAUGAGCAUUCAUUUAGAGUGGUAGAGGAUGAUAAGACCUGGAGCAGUAAAAGUGAUAAUGAUCACAAGUCCCUAAUCAAUCUUCCCUUGAUGAAGAAAUAA